AUGAAGAUUUUUCUUAUUCUCAUUUCCGUACACUUUGGAGUGUGUCACAACUUUCAAGACUUGUCCCUUGGAGUGGUUUAUUCCAAUUUGACAACCAGUGGAAGUUUAGUCACUAAUUUGUAUCGAGUUGUUCUCGAUGCUGAAAAUCCGCCUCCUGCAAUCAGUCUGUCUGUAUCUUGCGAAAAGUCAGUACUGAGAAAUUCUCUGACUGUUACUGUGAUACGGGGGAAAACUGUUCAUAAUAUUCCGCUCCCACGCGUUCAAUCUCAUCAAGGAAAAAAGUUUGAAUAUUGGUUUGCUUCAGACACACUUUGUGAUGAUGAUACCUCAAUGGAACAGCUUGGUCAACCUAUUUAUAUAUCUAUAUCAAGUUCUCUUCCUACAGUGUUCAAUUUGAAAGUGCAGGCAAUUGAUAACUUUCAUAUACGGAACUCUCGGCUCUCAAUUCAAACUUCUCCUUCUGAGCCCAGUUAUUUUAUAUAUUCAUUUCCCGACAAUAUAGACAAAGUGGAUGUCCGCGUCACUUCCAAUGAUCAGAUUUGUGCUAGAAUCAUUGCGAGAAGAGCAAACUGUCCAAUAUUCGAUGGUUCAGGAUCACUGGAACUAAGUGAUAGACACUUUUAUCAGUCUUUCAAGAAAUUCGGAGGAUUUUCUCUUCGGAAAUCUGAUAUUGGUGUACAAUUUCAUUUGGCAGUGACAGUAAAUCCCGAUAACUCUGUUUGCGAUACGUCAAAAAACAACUCGUUUCUUCUCGCUGUUCCAAUAUUAGUUUAUGCAUUGAGCGUGAUAAUUGUCUUGCUAUUGACUUUUUUCAAAUACAAGUUGGUGGACUGCUAUGAAAACAACGAGCCGAGCAUUUUUGAAGGCAAUGAGUCGGAGGCCAAUGUGAUUAUCGAUAAAACAGCGUUAUUCGUUAAACCGGAGAAUGUUGUCAGUCACAAAGAAUAUGAAAAACAAAGAAUCGUGAAAGAUUCCAAAUACUUCAACUCUUUAACAAUGUUUGUUAUUCCGAAUCAAACGGUCACUUCUUCAUGUUUUCGACUCGGCAAAGGGCUAGUUGGAAUUUAUUUGUUUUAUUACACAAUUCAAAAAGUUCGUUUUGAAUGGAGUUCGUUUUCUACACUUUACAAAAUCAGUUGUUUCUUGCUGACAAUAUUUUUCAUUUGUAUGGAGUGUAUGAACAGAUACUUAGCAACAUAUCGUAAUACUUACGCAGUUUUGUUGACACCUGCAGAAUCUCGUGAGCUCAACACGGAGUGUGUUCUGCCUGGAAUUGAUUGGAAGGACCUUCGUCAUUAUAAUUGUGCGCUCGAUUGCUUUCUUUUCAUUGUGUUGAUGGACUAUAUUGAUUCUAAUCUUAAAGGCUAUGGUACGGUUUACAAAAACACUACUCUGGGGAAACUGAAUUCCGAUGUGUUUGAACUAGCUGCUACUAAUGAUUCUAGGAUAUUUUCUGUCCGUGUGAUUUUUACUUCUCUGGAUCAUAAUAUUUGCAAGCCGGUCUCGUUAGUACUCAUGAGAGGGCCAUCAUAUCUGUCCACCUUUUUACCAAGAAUUCAAACUUUUGAUGGUCCAUCUACGCAAUAUUUCAAUCUAGCAGAAACACUGUGUGAGCAAAGGAAUUUGAGAAAUGCAACUUUAACCGAAUUCACUGAUACCGUACGAUUGUCCGUUUCUAGUAGCGUUCCUGCGACAUAUACAAUAAAAGUUGUACAAGUUUUCGGAUAUGUUCUUGGAAUGUUACCAGUGAAAAAUACAGUCUCUCCACCAGAACCAGUUUUCUAUCGAUUCUCUUUCCCAGAUUUCAUCAAUGCAAUUUCGAUCCGUGUCACAUCAGAUGAUAAUCACUGCGGACGAGUUACAAUUCAAGCAGCAAAUUGUCCUGUAUUUGAUACCGAAGGCCAGGUUGUUCUUUAUGACUCAUAUGUACAUCAAACGUUUACAAAAAAGUCUUUUAUAAUUGUCAAUCUCGAAGAUUUUGACAGAGAUAUACAUGUUAUUGUUUCUGUACUACCAAUUGAUACACCUUGUUUAACCAGAGGCAGAUAUACAUGGCUAAACGAUACUUCCACUAAUUCCAGAAGCAAAAACGUUACUAUAGAAGUAAACGCUUUCAAUCCAAAUAUCUCUCCGCUGUUAUUCACAUGUUUGAUUUUUAUUUUUGUCUUGGUUUCCUCAGGGUUACUUGCAUUUUGCUGCUACCGUAGAGGAAAUGAUAAUAAUCCAGAUGAUCAUGAAGAUGAUGGGACAUGGCAUUUGUGGAAUUUGUCACUAUCACAACUUUUUGUGAUACUACCUAUCUCGUCGAUUGUCAUUGCCAAGCAUGCAGAUUCAUUUUUUGCAAAAGACACAGAUAUCUGCAACUUUAACUUUGAAUGCUCAACUCCGCUUGGUAAUUUGAAAGCUUUCAAUAGUAUGCUGAGUGCUUCAAGUAUCAUAUUCGCAUCAGGAAUCAACGUUUUUUUCUCGUUUUAUUUAAAACGUCAACGUCGAUUUUUCCCGCUAAACUCAUGUAUUUUCCUGACCGGAGUUCUGUGGACUCUUAUGAAUUAUUGUCCUCAGAAACACUCAUUUCAUCUAUUUACGAUGACCAUGAUAAUGACAACUCUUGAAGCAAAGUUCUUAUUAUUUGGAAUUCGAGCUGGACGAAACUUAUUUCAGUACAGAUUCAUUGGCAGUAUGACUAUGAUUUUGAUGUUUUCAAUCAUUCUAGACACGACAAUGGAGUCUCCAGAAGCACAUAAGAUUUCGAUUUGCCUGAUUGUUUUGACAAGUAUAGUGUACACAAUAUUUUUCUCUUAUAUCCAAGGAUUAGAUUUUCUGGCUCGUCUCUUCGAUUCCACUCGUAGGAAAGCCAAACGAUAUUACAGAUGGAUAAGAUUAUGUUGUUCUCGUAAUGCUUAUCUGUCACAAAGUAUUGGAGACAUUCAUGUUAUCCAAUCAGAAGAUGAUGUUAUAAAUUUGUCACAGAGUGUUGAACCAACGGCAGUUGCUCCAUCCACGAGCAGAAACCAGGAAAACAUUGUUUCAUUUGUGACAAUUUUUAAUUUAUAUGAGAUAGUAGGAACUUUUUAA